AGAACACACAAAUAUACAUUACGUACUCGAUCGUUAGUUCUUAUUAUAUACAAAUUUAUAAUGGAAGUUAACAAAACAUUUGUCAUGGUAAUGUUUUCGUUACUUGGUUUGGCUGCCACAUUGGUGCAUGGCCAAGGAACCAAAGUUGGGUUUUACUCAACAACGUGUCCUAAGGCCGAGUCUAUCGUCACCUCAACAGUUGGGACUCAUUUCAAAACCAACCCUCGGAUAGCCCCUGGCAUCCUGAGGAUGCACUUCCACGACUGCUUCGUCCAAGGCUGCGACGGUUCUAUCCUCAUCGAAGGCUCAAACACUGAGAAGACUGCCGGACCCAACAGCGGCAUACCGGGCUACAACGUCAUCGACGACGCCAAGAAGCAGCUCGAGGCUGCUUGCCCCGGUGUCGUUUCUUGUGCUGAUAUUGUUGCACUGGCUGCGCGCGACUCUGUUGUUUUGACCAAAGGGAUUAGUUGGCAAGUUCCGACUGGGCGUAGAGAUGGACGAGUUUCAUUGGCGUCUGCUACUAACAAUUUGCCUGGCCCUAGUGAAUCAAUUGCUUCUCAGACAAGCAAGUUUAAAGCCAAGGGUCUCAACACUCAAGACCUCGUCACUCUAGUUGGAGGACAUACCAUUGGAACUACAUCAUGCCUGUUCGUGACUGGCAGACUCUACAACUUCCCUUCAAGCAGCAAUGGUGCUGAUCCAGCCAUCGACCCAACCUUUCUCCCUCAACUACGAGCUCUGUGCCCGCAAAACGGUGACAGUUCGAAGCGGCUCGAUCUAGACAACGGAAGCGGUUCUAGUUUCGACACCAGUUACUUCACCAACUUGAGCAAGGGACGAGGCAUUCUUGCUUCCGAUCAGUUGUUGUGGAAUGAUACCUCCACAAAAGUGUUUGUCCAACGCUACUUGCAGAGCGUGAGCUCCUUCAACCUCGAGUUUGCCAAGGCCAUGGUCAAGAUGAGUAACAUUGGUGUCAAGACUGGUACUCAGGGUGAAAUUCGUAAAGUUUGUACUGCUAUUAACUAAUUAAAAUAUCUUUCUCCACCAAACAAGUUAUUAAUUAUAUAGUCAAAUCUGUAUUGUAUGUCAUUUGCUCUAUCUAGUAUGUUGUAUAUGUAUGUUUGAUUAGGAACAUUAAGAAAGUGUUUCCUAUAUAAUUAAUGGUUACUUAGCCACGAAAAAUCGUGUUAUUUGUUGAAGUUGCGAAGUUGGUUUCGCUAGUUAAAUGAUUAAAGAAUCAAACAUUGAUUAUGAGAGUAAACUAUA